GUGAAAAUAAAAAUAUUUAAAACCUUUUGACUAGGUAUUUUUAAAAUGCCGUUUCCAUGAAGGUUGGUGUGGUUGUAAAUCAACUAAUAUAGUAAUAUUAUAAUUUUUUGGUUAAAUAAAUAGUAAAUUCACGGAAAAGUAGGUACCUAUAGGUAGAUUAAUUGAAAGUGAACUCUGCUUACUGUAUCUGAGGCGUAAACAUGAACUCGAAAUUUCUCUACCGAAAAGUAUUGCCUUUAACAAGACGAACAUUUUCAAUAAACUCAAUAAUUAAUCAUAAUCACAGUUGUAAACUUUUGGUUGUUGGUGGGGGUACAGGAGGAUGUUCUGUUGCAGCAAAAUUUGCAAAAAAAUUAAAAAAAAAUGAACUUUUUGUAUUAGAGCCUAGUGAACACCAUUAUUACCAGCCCCUUUUUACUUUGAUUGGCGCUGGUGUAGGCACUGUUAAAGGUGCAAGGAGAAACGAAAUUGAAGUACUUCCUGAAAAUUGCACUUGGUUAAAAGAUAAUGCUGUUGAGUUUGAUUUAAAAAAUAAUCAAGUAAAAACUUCAAAAGGUGACACAAUUCAAUAUGAAUUUUUACUUGUAGCUGUGGGAUUAGAAACCAGAUAUGAUAAGAUUCCUGGACUUCUGGAAGCUUUAAGUUUACCAAGUGGAGUUUGUUCAAAUUAUUCUGCUAAAUAUGUAAAUAAAACAUACGAAGUUCUGCAAAACUUAAAGGAUGGUAAUGCUAUAUUUACAUUUCCCAACUCCCCAGUUAAAUGCCCAGGAGCCCCACAAAAAAUUUGCUAUCUUACUGAACAUUACCUAAGAAAAAAAGGUAUAAGAAAAGAUGUAAAAAUAACAUACAAUACUUCUUUGGGAGUUAUAUUUGGGGUAAAAACAUAUGCUGAUGCAUUGUGGAAAAUUUGCAAGGAAAGGGGUAUUAAUGUGAAUUUAAAAACUAAUUUAAAAGAAAUAGAUGUGUUUAAUAAAGAAGCCACUUUUGAAAACCUUAAUAUUCCAGAAGAAUUAACCAAAGUUAAGUUUAGCAUGCUUCAUGUCACCCCUCCAAUGUGCACACCAGAAGUAGUUGGUAAUAAUAAGGAGCUCUCUAAUGCUGAAGGUUUUGUUGAAGUAGAAAAAAAUACAUUGCAGCAUUGUCGUUACAAAAAUGUCUUUGCCAUAGGCGAUUGUUCUUCCACACCUAACUCUAAAACAGCCGCAGCUGCAGCGGCACAAAGUAAUGUUGUUUAUCAUAACUUGAGCGCUGUCAUGAACGGCUCUAACUUAUCGCUGGCAUAUGAUGGUUACGCUUCUUGUCCUCUCAUAACUGGUUAUAAUUCCUGUAUAUUGGCUGAGUUCGACUAUAAUUUAUCCCCAUUGGAAACCUUUCCAUUUAGACAGGACAGAGAAUUGCUUUCAAUGUAUUUAUUGAAGAAAAACUUUAUGCCCUCAUUGUAUUGGCAUUUUAUGCUUAAAGGAAAUUGGAAUGGUCCUGCUACCUUUAGAAAAUUAAUGCACUUUGACUUUAAGUAAAAGGUCAAUAAAACAUUGAACAAAUAUAUUCCAUAGAUCAAAUUUAUUAUACAUAUUUUAAUGACAAUUUAUAUAUAAAAUGUUUUGAAUUUAAAAAUAUAUCUUUACA